CCCGUAUAGUACCUAGGAGGUACCUACCUAGGUAAGGUAAGCCCCAAGGUAACCCGCAGGUAAGAGGCAGGUAGGGUACGUAGCUACCUAAACGUGUGCCUCAGGUAACUUCCCUGCGCGCCGACGUCGAUCAUAGCUGCCUUGUUCUCCUCUCUCCGCCCUCUUUCCGCUCACCUUGUUUGUUGACUAUCGACCUCUCUCUCCUUACGAGUAGAUCCUCCUCCCAGCCUCCGUUCCAUGUCCAUUUGAUUUCGCGCGCUGGGCACUAUACACCUUGGGAAUAGCCUGUCUUUCGUCCCUAGAGUCCGUUAGCAGCAGCAUCCCCACCACUUCGAUGCUGUGCCCACUGCCGUAAAGCCAUUGCUUGCUCGGCCAGGCCUCUUGUUGGCAGCAGAUACUUCGCCGCUCCUCCUCCCGCCAUGAGGCUCAGUCUCUGGUCCGCCCUCGCGGCGCUGGCUCUAGCCGCUGUCGAUGCCUCGACCUUGACGCCUCCCGUGCUGCCGUUAAUCGUGCGAAAUCCAUACUUAUCCAUCUGGCUCGCGCGUGCCCGCGAUGCUCCCUGGGAAAACUGGCCAAUGUUUUACACCGGCAGUACCGUCGGCUUUGCCAUCAUGGCCGUGGUGCCUGAGGCUAGGACGGUAUACCCUCUGUUGGGUCGCUCACAUGAUUUUCUCCCGCACUCGCCAAGCUACCAGGUUUCCUUCCCGCAAUAUGACGGCGCCACCUUCGACGCUUCCACCACGAACCUCACAUACACCCUCCAAGGCUCUGACGUAAAGAUCACUCUUUCGUUCCUAUCCCCCAUCACCCCCACCUCAACGUUGAGGCAAUCUCUGCCGGCAGGGUACCUUACUUGCGUCGUCGAGGGCUCGACUGAUGUCAGUCUCUACAUGGAUGUAAAUGGAGAGUGGAUUAGUGGCAACCGAGACAAUAAGAUUGUGUGGAAACUGGCCCACACUGCUAAGAACGAGCACUCGAGAACCCCGAUCAAAACUUGGAGUAUCACACGGCACCAGGAAGAACUCCUGACCGAGUUCUUCGAUCAUGCCGAAUGGGGUACUGUACAUAUCUCUGCCCCGGCUGAUGCGGAACAUCAGUCCGGAGAGGCAAGCUCCAUCCGCCGUCAUUUUGCUGAGCACGGGUCGCUCAAGAAUCAGGUGGAUGAUACCUAUCGUGGUAUUUUCGAAGACGAACCCAUCUUCGCCUUUUCUAAAACUUUCAAGCUCGGUGGAGGUAAUAACUCGUCGCAUCCCGCCUCCCAGAAGAGUAUCGUUUUCAGUUUUGCCCUCACGCAGGAUCCUGUCGUCCAGUUCGCCUCUGCCAGGGGCUUGACUUGGAUGCGACCCCUUUGGGCGUCCUAUUUCCAAACCGCCCAAGGGAUGUUGCAGUACCAUUUUGACGACUACGAUACAGCUGCAUAUCUAGCCAGUAAUUAUUCGGCACAGCUUGCUCGAGACGCGUAUGCUUCGGGUUCUCAGGAUUACCAGGACAUCGCCGCAUUGUCGGCUCGACAGGUACUUGGAGCCACCCAAUUCUCCGGAACCCCAGGCGGCCCAAUCAUAUUUCUCAAGGAGAUCUCUUCAAAUGGAAAUUUCCAGACUGUUGACGUUAUCUUCCCGUCGUUCCCGUUUUUCCUGUAUACCAACCCACAAUGGCUAGCAUAUCUCUUGGAACCUCUACUAGAACAUCAACUGAGCGGCCAAUACCCCAACGAUUACAGCAUGCACGAUCUUGGGACACACUUCCCGAACGCUACUGGACAUCCCGACGGAAACGACGAAUACAUGCCCGUCGAGGAGUGCGGCAAUAUGCUCAUCAUGGGUCUAGCGAUCGUAAAUGCGUUGAAGGAUAAUACGCAGCCCGCGUUUGCUAGGACAAAAUCUCAAGUAGCCUUACCCCCGAGUUUAGAAUCUACACGGAAAACACAUCUAGUCGAUGCAUACGGGAUGGAUCGUACAUGGGAAGAGAUGGGAACAUCAGGCGAAAAGGCUGCAGAGAAAUGGGUUCGCCGCUCGUACAAGUUAUGGGAGAAAUGGACUGGUUAUCUCGUCCGGGAAUCACUCAUCCCUGCUAAUCAACUGUCUACUGAUGACUUUGCUGGCUGGCUGGCCAACCAGACCAACCUAGCGCUCAAAGGAAUCAUCGGUAUCAAGGCUAUGAGCGAGAUCGCUAGCGUUGCUGGCAAGGAAGCCGAGUCCCGGCAGUACAGCGAUAUUGCUGACGAAUACGUGGAAAAAUGGCAGGAUUUCGGUCUGUCGAGAGACAAGACGCACGCGAAAUUGGCAUAUACCUGGUAUGGUUCAUGGACAACACUUUAUAACAUCUUCGCCGACGCACUACUCUGCUUCCACCUGCCUGCGAAUGGAUCCUGGUCGCUGGGGUCGGGUAGAUCCCGAGACUCGGGGAUCCAGCAGACGAUAGUCAGCAGCGCCAAGAGCAAUCCGAAGCUGACCUUCAUCCCUGAUGAUAUCUACAAGAAACAGAGUGACUGGUAUCAUUCAGUGCUUCAGAGAUACGGCUUACCCCUAGACAGCCGACACUUAUAUACAAAGAGCGACUGGGAGUUCUUCGCGGCUGCUGUGGCGAGCAAGAAGGUGCGAACAGAGAUAUUGCGGCAUGUUGCGACGUGGGUUAAUGAGACAGUGACUGAUCGACCAUUGACGGACCUUUAUGAGACGGAAGGCGAUGGAGGAUUCCCUGGUCCGAAUUUUAUGGCCCGUCCGGUGGUGGGAGGUCAUUUCGCCUUUCUUGCCCUGGAGAGAGCCUGUGGGGGUAAAGCUACGGAGGGUUUGAGGUUCCUGGACGAAAUGGACCCUGUCAAAAUCGAUAUCGAGCAAGCUUUGAGGGCAGACGUGGAUGGAAACCAAGUUGAAACAGAUGAACUAUGAUAACAACUUAGAGAGACGAGGGUGUUGUCCUCCCAACCCCCCAAGCCAGCCUGACAAUUAUGCGGUGGUGCUUACAUCUGUAACUACCUGAGACCUAAGGCGAGGCCGGUAGGGGAUCCGGCCCGCCAGCAUGUGGCACGAAGCGACGGCCUAGUUGCAUCUUGGGGCUAGAGAGGAAGAACAUUUUUGGAAGGACUAGGCAGGUCAGAGUUCAGCAUGACGUAUCGCAUGUGAAGUCUCUAUGUUUAGAUGCU